UCUUCUGCCAGCAGAGAGCGUGUCAUGAUGUGAAAUAAAUGUUUGACCGGUUUGAACCCUCUUUCGUCUGUUCACCACAAGCUCACUUUCUUCAUUCGCAUGUUGUGGACAAGAGUUUCUCCAUUACUACAACACCAUUGACCGAGUCACACACGAAGAAGUCCAGUGUAGUUUUAUAAGUCCUGUGUAGUUUUAUAAGAACAGUGUGAUUUUAAUACUAUUCGCCUAUUACAGAGAGAUUAAGCCGACUAUUUAUAUGCAGAGACGUGAUUGUCACGUUUCUGACCGAUGAUCUAAUCUAAAAGUGAAAGUCUUUAACUGUGUAUUUAUAAUCUUGUGUAUCCCUUGGAGAGUCAUUCUGGAAUGAUCUCAGGACUGUAAAGACGCGCAGAUUGUGGAAUCAAGACCAUGAAUGCUGUAAAUGCAGUGCAACUCUUCCUACUGGUUUGGAGCUUUUCUACUGUGUGCCAUGGAGAUACCGAUGUCUCCAGUGUGAGCUGUGAUGAUGUGACUGGAACUGUGGGGAAUGAAGUGAUUUUCACAUGCAGAGUCUCUGAAAAGUGCACUGAAUACUGUGUUAAGCUGUAUAAGUUUCAGUAUCCUGAGAAAAAUAAUGACUCUGAAAUCUGUAGACAAGAGUUAUCUAAUGACAUCUGCGAAAAGAGGAACAUCUUCACAUGCAGAUACACUCCAGAUACCACAAUAAAGGGAACCUUCAGAUUCUUUUUGCAGUCAGCUUGUGGAAUAAAAACAUCCACAUUCACAGUGGAGAUAUCAGAGCGUAUGAAAUCAACAGCUGAUACUGGAGUUUCCUUCAAUGAAGAAGAGAACAAAUAUGCGGGCGCAUUAGAAACGCAAAGGGAAGAAAAACAAGAUCGUGGAUUUAAGCUCGCUGUAAUUCUCGCAGUGGUGAGCUGCUUCAUCAUCGUCAUCAUCAUGGUUGCUUUCAAAGUAAAAAGGGAAAGCACACAUUUAAGACUCAGACUUGAGGAGUCAACAGCAAGUUUAGACAAUGUAUAACAGCUCUGAGUUUUGUUUGACAUUUGACAUGUUUUACAGACUGUGACCUUUAACUGCUGAAUUAUAUAACCAUAGCUUCUCACUUUAUAUGGAUUUCUGUGAAAUGUGAAUGAUUGACCUGUUUGGUUAGUGUGUAUAUAUAAUUGUGUGUGGAUCAAUUUUCUUUUUAUUAAAGAGACCGUUUUGGUUAGACUCCAAAAUAAACAUAUUCACAAUUUAAUCCCACUCAAGUGGAUCCAAAGCUAACUUUCUUCUCUCUGUUAAACAUUUAAGUAAGAAUAAGAUAAGAAAAAAACAACAAAUACUGUGGAAGCCAAUAGCUAAAUGUUGCCAACAUCCUUCAGAAUAUCUUUCCUUCAUGUUCAAUUGGAGACUCAGAAGAGGUUUGAAUCCUCUUUUUGAAGGUCUGUAAAUUGUGACCGCUUCAUUAUUCUGACUUUUAGAUACAGUUGAAACCAGUUUACAUACGCUCUAAAAAAAAAAAAGGGAAGAUAACCAUUUAAAAAAAUAUCUGAUGUUAAAUCAUACUAAACGUUUACUAUUUUAGGUCUGUUAGGAUUACCUAAAUCAUUUACAUUUGCUAAAUUUGCUAAAUUUGACUUUGGUCGAAUGUUUUGGGUAUCCUUCCACAAGCUUCUCACAAUAGUUUGCAGGAAUUUUGACCCAUUCCUCCUGACAGAAUUGGUGUAACUGAGUCAGAUUUGUUUUUGUCUUACUCGUUCAAGCUUUUUCAUCUCUGCCCACAAAUGUUCUAUAGGAUUGAGGUCAGGGCUUUGUGAUGGCCACUCCAAAACAUUCACUCUGUUGUCCUUAAAGUACAUUUUAACUAAUUUGGCAGUAUGCUUAGGGUCACGGUCUGUUUGGAUGACCCAUUUGUGGCCAAGUUUUAAUUUCCUGGCUGAUAUAUUGAGAAGUUGCUUCAGUAUUUCUACAUAUUGUUCCUUCUUCAUGAUGCCAUCUAUGCUGUGAAGUCGACCAGUCCCUCCUGCAGCAAAACAGCCCCACAACAUGAUGCUGCCGCCCCCAUACUUCACAGUUGGGAUGGUGUUCCUAGACUUGUAAGCUUUCCUCUUUGUCCUCCAAAUGUAACACUGGUCAUUAUGGCCAAACAGUUCAAUCUUAGUUCCAUUAGACCACAGGACAUGUCUCCAAAAUGAGUCUUCUACCAGUGUAAUUUAGCUAAUUGUAAUCUGGCUUUAUUGUUGAUUCUGGCUUGUUGAUUUUCCCAUGUUAUCACACAAGGAAGCAGUGUGUUUGAGGUUUUCCUUAAAUACUAUUCUACAGUUGUGCCUCCAAUUAACUCAAAUGUUGUCAUUUAGCCAAUCAGAAACUUUCAAAACCUUGACACCGUCAUCUGAGCUUUUUCAGAGGCUUAAUAAUCUUAUUGUAUGUAAACUUGACUUUCAAGAAAAGUUAUAACAAUUUCUCAAAAAAUAUCUCUCAUUAUUCUGCUAUUAAACAGAACAGAAACAAGUGUGAUAAUCCUAACUUACCCACAAGAGAAAAAGUUUAGUCACAUUAACAUCUGACUCUUUUUUUAAAAUGGUUAUCUGCCUUUUGAUAAAGUGUAUGUAAACUUUUGCUUUCAGCUGUAUAUAUUUUAUGUAAAUCUUGUAUAUUUGGUACUGUAUGAAUAUUCUUAACAUGCUUUUUUUAAUACAGAGUAAAUAAAGAUUUGCAAUACUCUCAGGAUGAAUAUCUGAAAUCUACAUGUAUUAUUACACAGUACUGGAUUAGUUAUACCUGUAAAACCAGUAAUGCUGAUGAAAGGUAACCUAGAUUGCAAAGUAAUUUAUUUUAAUUGUGAGGAAUUAACUAUUUAAAGCAAGAGAAAACAUGUAAAGCUCUGCAGAUUAUAAAGCAGACAGAUUUGCAUUUGGCUAUUUUAGUCAUUUAGUGCUAUUCAUAGACACUGACCAGGUAAACUAAUGACCUUUUAUUGUGUUUUAUGCUGUUCUGAGGUGUCGUUUCUGAAACUUGGUGACAUUAAACAUCAAUACAAGUGAA